CAAAUCUCCCGGCAGUUUCCCAGAUCCAGGAAGUGCCGCCGCCGACAGAGGAUGAGGAAGAUGAUCAAGGCUAUUGCCAGGUCUACCGAGGUGCUACCUGUAGUCGCUUCAUUGGCAACCAUUCCAUUUACAUCCAGUCACCGCGACAUCUGGCAAAUAUGGAAAAACGCCUAGCAACCGCAAUUACAGUGAUAAUUCAUUCCAAUGAUCUAUCUUCAAAUUGUGAGGACUAUGCCAUUAAGUCUCUCUGCUAUGCUGCACUUCCACUCUGCAAUGAGAAUGAGCCAGAACCAGCACCUAGGCAGUUGUGCCGAGAGGAGUGUGAAAUUCUUGUAAAUGACGUAUGCAGGAUGGAAUUCAUUGCAAAACAGCACCAGCUUAUUGGCCGUCAGCUGCCCAUCCCAGAGUGCGAGGAACUCUCUCCCAUCACAUCACCAGAUCACCUCCAUUGCAUUCGCUUAGGCGUGCAGAGUGAUCCUCUUGUUGAAGAUGAGAAGUGCUACGUCGGUAAUGGUGAAUCAUACCGAGGCACAGAGAGUCGUACAUUAUCAGGUCGCAUUUGUGAGCCAUGGAGCGAGAAUCAGCUCUAUAUACGCACAGCUGACUUUCCUGAACUAAUUGGAGGGCACAACUAUUGCCGUAACCCUGGUGCACAAGAGAAUCAACCUUGGUGCUUUGUUGCUACGGAACACUCAGUAUCCAAAGAAGAAUGUGCUGUACAAGUUUGCAAUGACAAUACAUUAGUAUUCAUCCUUGUGGCAGUUGUGAUUGGUGGUGCAGUGUUCCUUUCCCUGAUUGUUGGACUUUGUAUGCGCAGAAAGUUUAAGUCGCCCAAACAGCCUUCCCCAAAGGCAAAGACUGUAGAACUCAAUGCUCUCCUCCCAAAACAGCAGCAACUCCGGGCUCGUGAAUUUCCCCUUGCUAAUGUCAGGUUCAUGCAGGAGCUUGGAGAGGGGGCCUUUGGUAAAGUUUACAAAGGUGAAUUGCAAGGAAUGAGUCCAGAUGGAAGCUCAGUAUUGGUGGCUAUCAAAACUUUGAAAGAGAAUGCCACAGCGAAAACUCGUCAGGAUUUUCACCGGGAGGUAGAACUCAUGACAGACCUUCGCCAUCCCAACAUUGUUUGCCUGCUGGGAGUGGUCAUGAAGGAGGAACCUAUGUGUAUGUUGUUUGAACAUAUGUCCCAGGGUGAUUUGCAUGAGUUCUUGAUUUCUCAUUCCCCACGGUCGGAUGUCUCCGCAUCUAGUGACGAUGGCAUGUCCCAGGCUGUACUUGAACAGCCAGAUAUGCUUGUCAUUGCAACUCAGAUUGCUGCAGGGAUGGAAUACCUUGCAAGCCAUCACUAUGUCCACCGAGAUCUUGCCUCCCGUAACUGUCUAGUGGGGGAAAACUUGACUGUAAAAAUAUCAGACUUUGGACUUUCUCGGGAUAUCUACUCUUCUGAUUACUACAGGGUGCAGAGUAAGAGCCUGCUCCCAGUGCGAUGGAUGCCCCCAGAAUCUAUUCUGUAUGGCAAGUUUACGACAGAAUCAGAUGUUUGGAGCUUUGGUGUUGUUCUGUGGGAGAUCUUCAGUUAUGGUUUACAGCCUUACUAUGGAUAUAAUAACCAGGAGGUAAUAGAUAUGAUAAGGUCCCGUCAUCUGUUGCCUUGCCCAGAGGAUUGCCCACCCCGCAUAUAUGCUCUCAUGGUUGAGUGCUGGCAUGAGACUCCAAAUAGAAGACCAACAUUUAGGGAGAUACAUGGUCGACUUCGUUCCUGGCAGGGUUUAGAUAACGGAGGUUUGGUUGGCACCCUGAGUGGUAGUGUGUCUGGGCAUUCUGGCUCACAGCACUCUAGCACAGGGCCUUCAAAUAACACUGGAUCUACGAACCUCUCCUCAAAUACUCACCCUCCACACCUUCCUCGGCCUUAUCACCCAGGCCCACAUUAUCAGCCACCUGGACCACCCCAUUCUCCAGCUUAUUCUGCUCCUUAUCAACCACCACCACCACCUGGGAUGGUGCCUGGCUUGUAUCCACGUUUGUCAGUGCCUGUAGGGCACCCACAACCAGUAUAUUUGGCCCAGCGUAGCAACGUGAUGGAGGAUCACCAGUUACCAUUAGAGUGGCGCAACCACAGUCUAUGAAUAUGGGAACAGAAACCCAGUUGGCAAAUCUCUGAACUAAAUGGUGAAACUUUUGAUUCCUAACUCUCACAAAGGAACGUUUAGUGAAUCUCAUCACAUCUUGGGAAUGAUGUUUGAUGUUUUGUGUAUGCUUGGAGCACAACAAGGUCCUCUAAGCUAGGAUAUUAUAUGACCAUCUUGUUGCUGCUCUUGUAUGGUGAAAAGAAAAGAAAAUCAGUGCUUGAGUGAAAAG